AUGUUCCUUGCAAGUGUGAUAUUACGGGAAGAUACAAUAUUGCUGCAUACACAAUCAGAAAUUACUGGUUUAGUCUGGCUUUCUGAUGGGGCUGUGGUUGAAUCGGAGAUCUUUUGUCUCCAUGGUGGACUGUCCCCUUCCAUUGAAACUCUUGAUAACAUACGUAAUUUUGAUCGUGUCCAAGAAGUUCCUCAUGAAGGGCCAAUGUGCGAUCUUCUUUGGUCUGACCCUGAUGAUCGUUGUGGUUGGGGUAUCUCACCUAGGGGUGCUGGAUAUACUUUUGGCCAAGACAUAUCUGAGCAAUUUAACCAGACCAAUAACUUAAAGCUUAUUGCUAGAGCACACCAGUUGGUGAUGGAGGGAUUUAACUGGGGUCAUGAGCAAAAGGUUGUUACUAUAUUUAGUGCACCGAAUUAUUGUUAUCGCUGUGGAAACAUGGCUUCCAUUCUGGAAGUAGAUGACUGCAAAGGCCACACUUUCAUUCAGCUCCCCGGAGGGGAGAGCCAGACGUUACCCGAAGAACACCAGAUUACUUCCUAUGAUGCAGCUGCCAUGGAGACUGAGCAUGUAGUAUGGGCAGGUAAUGCUUUCUUUGAUUCAGUUGUUAUCCUGAACCGAGUUAUUGCAACAGAGGCAGUAGAGCUGGCUACACAUUUGCUGCAUAUGUACCAUUUCCUGCAAAGUGUGGCGACCUUCUCGUUCUUAUGUUAA